GUCUAGUGUAAACUUCGUUCACGAUAUUGUUGUUUUUACUUCUGGCCAUAACUGAAUUUUUCGGACUAAUCAAAAUGAAGAUCAGUGUUGAUGGGCUGGUGGUUUACUUUCCGUACGAUUAUAUUUAUCCAGAGCAGUAUGCGUACAUGUUGGAACUGAAACGUGGCCUCGAUGCAAAAGGUCAUUGCCUUCUGGAAAUGCCGUCAGGUACUGGCAAGACAGUCACUCUGUUGUCGUUGAUUGUAGCAUACAUGAUGGAACAUCCUCACAGUGUCUCAAAGUUGAUAUAUUGCUCUCGAACUAUGCCAGAAAUAGAAAAGGUCAUACAGGAGCUAAAGACAUUGAUAGACUAUUAUGAAAAAGAGUCGGAAAAGAAAUGGAACAUGUUAGCUCUAGUUUUAAGUUCUAGAAAGAAUUUAUGCAUUCAUCCGGAGGUUAGUAAAGAAAGAGAUGGAAAAAUUGUUGACAGCCGUUGUCAUGCUUUAACUGCUUCCUAUGUUCGGGAGAGGCAUCAUUAUGACGAUAGUGUGCCAACUUGUAGUUUUUAUGAAACAUUUGAUUUGGAAGGCCGUGAGUUACUUAUGUCUUCUGGAAUUUACUCCCUUGAAGAUUUAAAAAAUUAUUCAAGAGAAAGAAAUUGGUGUCCAUAUUUUUUGGCACGAUUUACGAUUAUACAAGCACAUAUUGUGGUUUAUAGUUAUCAUUAUUUAUUAGAUCCAAAAAUUGCUGAAACUGUUUCGAAAGAAUUAGCGAAAAAUUCAGUAGUUGUCUUCGACGAAGCACAUAAUAUUGAUAACGUGUGCAUUGACUCUAUGAGUGUAAAAAUUAACAGAAGAACAAUGGAGAAAUGUUCUGCUAAAAUUCAAAUUCUUGAAAAAGCAGUAUCUGAAAUGAGAGAAGACGAUGUAAAUAAAUUGCAAGAAGAAUAUAAUCAACUAGUUGAAGGAUUAAAGGAUGCUCAAAUCGCAAGAGAGACUGAUGUAAUCUUAGCUAAUCCUGUUUUGCCAAGUGAAAUAUUACAAGAAGUUGUUCCUGGAAAUAUCAGAAAUGCUGAGCACUUCAUUAGUUUCUUAAAACGCUUCGUAGAGUACGUGAAAACGCGUUUGCGCGUUCAACAUGUGGUACAAGAGUCUCCUGCCUCAUUUUUGAGAGAUACUCAAAGUAAAGUUUGCAUUGAGCGAAAACCACUAAAAUUUUGUGCUGAACGUUUGGCGUCACUUCUAAGGACUUUGGAAUUAACGGACAUAACAGACUUUUCUCCUUUAAUACUAGUAACUCAUUUGGCAACGCUGGUGGCCACUUACACGAAAGGAUUUACAAUAAUUAUUGAACCUUUUGAUGAUAAGACGUCGACCGUCUUGAAUCCAGUCUUGCAUUUUAGUUGCCUAGACUGUUCCAUAGCGAUGAAACCUAUUUUCGAUAGGUUUCAGUCUGUCGUUAUCACGUCCGGAACACUAUCUCCACUUGAUAUGUACCCGAAAAUUCUGAAUUUCCACCCUGUUAUUAUGUCAUCCUUUACUAUGACAUUGGCGAGACCAUGUCUCCUGCCAAUGAUUGUAUCAAAAGGACAAGAUCAAGCUGUUAUUUCCUCCAAGUACGAAACUAGAGAGGACGUUUCAGUUAUAAGGAAUUAUGGACAGCUAUUGGUGGAAUUCGCUGCGAUCGUCCCUGAUGGUAUGGUCUGCUUCUUCACUUCAUACUUAUAUAUGGAAUCUGUUGUUGCAGCCUGGUACGACCAAGGCAUGGUAGACCAGCUUCAAAGGCACAAGUUACUUUUUAUCGAAACUCAAGACUCUGCAGAGACCAGCUUAGCUCUGAUAAAUUAUAUUAAAGCUUGUGAAAAUGGCAGAGGUGCAGUGCUACUUUCUGUUGCAAGAGGAAAAGUCUCGGAGGGUGUCGAUUUCGAUCAUCAUUUGGGCAGAGCUGUAUUGAUGUUUGGGAUUCCUUACGUUUAUACCCAGUCUAGAAUUUUAAAGGCUCGAUUGCAGUAUCUACGUGAUCAAUUUCAGAUUGCUGAAAACGAUUUUCUAACAUUUGAUGCUAUGAGACAUGCAGCUCAAUGCGUUGGUCGAGCAAUUAGAGGAAAAACUGAUUACGGUAUAAUGGUUUUCGCAGACAAGAGAUUUUCAAGGGCCGAUAAACGAAGUAAACUUCCAAAAUGGAUUCAAGAACAUCUUACUGAUAGUUUAUGCGAUUUAUCUACUCAAGAAGCUAUUCAAAUUAGUAAACGAUGGUUACGACAAAUGGCUCAAUCAUUUACGAGAGAAGAUCAAUUAGGACUUUCACUUCUAACGAGAGAACAACUUGAAAAAGAAGAAAUAAGUAAAAUAGAAGAAAAGGCCCAACAGAAUUAACAUGCCCAGUAUUUAAAGAGACUAAAUGCAAUACCAAGUUUUUGGUAAUUGAUGAAUAAUUUAAAAUGACACUUUCCAAAAAUAGUCAGUUUAUUUAAAGAAUACUUGCUCAUAAAAUUCAGAAAACGUUUAAAAUAAAUUGACUGAUUCCGAAAGUAUCAUGAAAUUGAUACAUUGAUGUUAAAGAUAUAAAUAGAUGAUAUUCAUAAAUUAAUUUUUGAAAUAUACUUUGUUAUACUUGAUAAUAAAAUCAAUGAAAAUUGAAA